GGAGUGAAAAGGUUCAGUUUCCGUGAUAUUGAUAAACAAACAGCUGACUGCGGAAAUUUUUUGCAAGUUUGCAAGUUGAUGCCGAAAUUUAAAAGAAAUUCGAAUUCGGAUCAUCGGAUGUGCUAAAAUAAGCGUCGCCGUGUAUUUUACUUCCUGAUACUUGGUGAGAAAUUCCUCGAAAAAUAAAUUCCUGUUUUGAUAAGAAAUAUGAUAGAUAAAAAACAAGAUCACUCUGCUUGAGAAGCGUGUCCUAUCAACGAACGUGAUCAUUAUGCGAUCAAUUAUUGGUUAGAAGAAGCUUGCGUUGUCGAUUUUUCAUUAGUUACCGUGGUUGAAUUGCAUCUGCAAAUUCAGCAUGAGUCCGAACGAAAACGAUUCCGGACUGAUCAUCUUAGACGACGAAUAUCAUUGCUUCAACAUCAAGAAGGAUUUAGAAGUCUGCCCGAAUGACAUGGUUAAUCGAAUUAAAGAUAAACUAACCGAAGUUGCCGAAGACGAACUAUUCAAAUCUAAAACGGUCAUCCUCAAGCUAAUCCUCGCACAUGAAUACACGUUCGAAGAAAACGCCGAAAAAGCGUUGGAAUAUUUGAAUGACUUGGAGGAAGAAGUGGAGGUUCUUAAAGAAACCGGCUGUGAUGAAUAUUUCUUCAAAAGUGUACAUCAAGCUUUUAUUAACAUCGUUAGAACGUGCCAAAUGUACGUUUUCAUUAAAAUUAGCGACAGUAAAAGUGCUCGAGCAAUCAUGCCGAGUAUUAUUUCGUACUCCGAUUUGGACGAUGCUAACAAAGCUAGUGUACACGGUAUUCGAUCCAUGAUAUUCAUGGAAUACGGCUUGUAUGGACAUAAAAUGGCUCUCGAAUACGCAAAGAAAGCUAAUAAAAUGGAUAAGGAGAACCCCUACUGGUUUUUCUUAAUUGGAAAAUCUUUAGGCCGGAUUCGUAGGGUUGAAAAACCGUACGAUAUCCCAAGCGACGAAGAACGGAACGCUCUAGAAAGUGCUAUACGUAAAGAACCGUGUUGUCUUUUCAUGCUUUUCACCGCCGAAGUAUACGUUGAAACGUCCACCCGAACUUACCGAUUUCAUCAGAAAAAUCAUAGCCUGUACUCGACUUUAAAAGUGAAAAUCGACCAAUUAAACGAAAAUGCAUCCAAUUUAUACAAAAAAUGUAUCGAAAUACAGCCGAAGUGCAGCCACGUUCUGUUUCGGUCGGCGAGAGGACUUUUGAACCUGCCUCAUCCCCAGAAAGAUCCCGAAAGAGCGAAAGAACUAUUGAUAAGAGGCCUUGAACCGAAUCCUCGAAAUCCGUUUGCCAAUCAUCUUUUAGCUCGUUACUACGAGCGAUAUGCUCAGAAUAUUCCGGAAGCGAUUAAACGACUUGAGAUAUGCAGAGAGCAACGAGUUUUCGGCGCUGAAAUGGAUCUCCUGCGAUUACAAUUCGCUCGAGAGGGGAACACUGGAGUAAUCGACAGACUAUACGAAUUGAUUGAUAUUUUCGCCGAAGUACCGAGGAAACUCAAUAUUUUGACGCAAAUUGCCUCGUAUUACAUAUUCAUCGAAUCGGAUAUACCAAAGGCAUGUAAAUUAAUAAAAGAAGCUGUCACGUUAAGCUGCGACGAUAACAUUACGAAUCAUCGUAGCCUGUUUCUAAAAGUCCGAGAGCCGUUCUCCAUUUUAGACGUGCUAGUCGACGAAAUGAAGAUGGAAAUGGAGAAGGGAUGCGAUGACGAAAAGAAAAAACUGUACGAAUCGUUCAUCUUCGAUAUGAACGAUUCAAACAUCAAGAUUCCCAAAGGUCGAGCUAAAGAUCUCAAAGAUGAAAUACUCAAAGAACACGAAGCUGCGAAAUUAGGCAAUUACUACAAGAGACAAAAGAAUCCAAAUGAAUAUUCGCAGAUGAUGCGACGUUCGUAUCCGAAACCGGUACCAAAAUCGGAAAAAGAAAGAUCAUCGGAAAAAUCUCACACGUUUAGGAAAGUCGACGAUUUUUUCGACUCCUAUAUGGACGGAUCCAAACAAAACGAAAAUAAACGAUACCAGAACGGAUCCACGUACCGAAACAACUCAUCGAGGAACUCGUCGAUAUCUGACCUGUCCCCGGGGAGUGACUCCAGGUUUGCGAGCACUCGUGGUAGAUACGACCGUAAUCGAAAUAACGACAACAGGCAUCCUAGACAUAAUACCAGCGUCGACGAGUUAGAUUUCGACAGACUCAGCUCAUCGUCGAAAAGUUCUCGUGAACCAGCCAACUACUCUCGAUCGAAAAACAACGGAGACGAUUUGGAACGAGAUUUCGAUCGAUUGAGCGUUUCGUCGAGAAAUUCCGAUAAUCGAUUUGGCUCGAAACCUAAUCGAGGCAGAGGAAGAACAUUGUCUAAUUCCGGUCGACAGUUCCAAGAAAGGGGCGACUUUGAAAGAAAUAAUGUCGGUAGAGGACGCGGACGUCCUUCCAACGCUGGCACUGACGGAUCUUCGUACGAUAACAGAUCCAACUACGAUUCGAAGUUUUCCAGAGGUCGUUCGUCGAAUGCGAGUGCAAAUCACAGACAACCCGAACGAGAGAACAAAACCAACGACAAUUCUAAAUUUUCCAGAGAUCGUCCGGCCAAUCCAAACGGACCCUACAGACCAUCCGAAUCUCCAGGAAACUCCUGGCGUCAACAAAAUGUACCCAAUAGAUCCGAUAAACCGGCUGAACGCGAUUUUCCAAAGGGUAAAAAUGAACCGGAUCGAAGCUACAAACCCAAAGCUCCUCCAAAGGCUGUGCAGAAUGAUUCGGACUCUGACGAAGACUUGAUGUCUUAUUUUAAGAAAAAGUAGGUAAUUUUCUACCAUUUUGUUAUUUUUAUAUUUUAUUACUCGCUUUCUUAUAUUGUUUUGUUAAAAUUUCGUGACUUUAGAAAAAUGUUGUUCAAAAAAUUCGUAUUUUACUCGUUUCCUAUUUAAGUACUUUUCAUAUUGUUAACCAUUAUUUAUUUUGUUUCCAAUUAGUUUUCUAAUUAAAAAUCCAAUUAAGAUUUGUGAUGAAAAUUUUCUAUUGUUUACUGUGGAGAAAUAUUAAACUACGAAGAUUU